AGCAACUGCAGAGAGAAAAUGCCCAACUCAAGGAAGAGAAGGAGCAACUCCAAAAAGCAAAUGAAAGCAAAAAAGAGCUUCCAGGAGCAGGGAACUUAGGGAAGAAAAUAAGUGAUAUGCAGAAGGAACUAGAAUGGAGAAGGGCUCGGAACAAUUCAGAUGACAUCACUCUGGAUACAGACACAGCCCACCCCAACCUCUCCAUUGCUGGGGAUAAGAAGAGUUUGAUACAUGAAGCCCAACCUAAAAAAUCUCCACCAAAUCCAGAGAGGUUCGAUGCAACUGUCUGUGUGCUGGGAACUGAAGGAUUCUCUUCUGGGAAGCACUACUGGGAGGUGGAUGUUGAGAAAAGCACUGACUGGGACCUGGGCGUGACCCUCAAAUCCAUAAAGAGAAAAGGAAAACUGUCCUUGUCCCCUAAAGAGGGAUUCUGGGUUCUGGGUCAGAGUGGGAGAGAUUGUUGGGCAAAAACAGAUCCAUGGACCCGGGUCAUAGUGCAGAAAAAGCCCAAGAAAAUUGGAGUUUACCUUAAUUACCAAGAAAGGCAGGUGACCUUUUUCAGUGUAACUGACAUGUCUGUGUUGUUCACAUUUAGCGAUUGUUCAUUCUCAGAAGAGGUUUGUCCAUUCUUUAAAAAUUCUCACAAAGAAACAACAAUGAAAAUUUGUUCAAUUAAAGAGGAAUAAAUGUAACAUUACGAUGGCUGAUUUUGUAUUAAUGUAACUGAAAUCAAGGUUAUA